CAUUUCACAGUUAAUACCUACAUGGCAUUUGGCAUAAAACCCUCACAAUGGCAACGGCGUUUAAAAGAUAUUACCAUAUUGAAUUGUGAACGAAAGAAAAUGCAUUCCGAAACUCGUCCGAGUGCACGUGUAGUUACUGUCGUUUAUAAAUAAACAGACAGGCAUCAUGACGUCACUUCGGGAUAGCCAUGACGUCAUGGAAGGGGAGGACAAGACAAGACAAAGCAAAAAAGAUAAAGAGGUAGUUGACCUGCCUCCUAUUGGAACUUCCCUUCAUAAAAGAAGAAGAGGUGAACCACCCGCUACUCUAUCGGUUAAACCUCAUACACCCUCUGACCCUGAAGGUUCCUCACCAUGUACAGCUGGGCCUACAUCAGAAGAAUACUGGCUGGAAGAAACAGAUCCUGAUGUAUUCUGCGACAAAAUUAUUGAAAGACUUAAAGAUAAGGACGAUCUUCCUUCUAAACGUGGUCGAGAACUUGCCAUUAAGACAAAAGAAACAAUUGAAGUUCUUGAUCAACUAGAUAAAUUACUAGAGUUAUUAGACCAGUUUGUUACUUUGAAAGAGCAGAACGGUAAACUACUAAGGAAAUUGAGAGAUGUAAACUAUUUAAAAAGGUUACACAGCGCGCAUAAGAAAAUUGAUAAGGAGAAUGAGAAAAUAAGAAAGGAGACAAAAGAAAUAGAAAUGUUAAAUGAAGCUUUUGAGGGUGAAUUAGAGUUUGAGUAUGGACAAGCAAUUCUCGACAACAUGAUCACUGGAACAAGGAUGAAGAGAUCGGGAUCAAAAUGGAAAAGUCACGGGAAGUUUGGAGGAUCGUUGCUGAGGAAACAAAGAUCGAGGUCGUCUGAAGGAGAUGAGAAUGACGUACCUCCUGGCACUCCCUCCUCCUCAUUGAGAAGGAGGUCUGAAGGCAUUUAUGCGAAGGAGGUGGAGAAAUCGAAGGUCUCCAAAUGGACGAGAGUCAAGGCUGCGUUUAAAUGGGAAAAAGCCCAAUGGCCACUAGCUACCAGUGCAGCAGGAGCCGUCGCAGCAGGGGCUAUGGUCGGAGUCGUGGCUCUCGCUGGCUCUUAUCCUUCAGGGACUCUGAGCAACCCCGAACCCAGAGACUCCGCAAGUUUAACUCCUGGCAGCGCAUUGUCGCUAACUCCAAAUUCUUCAUGUGAGGAGUUGAGAAUGGAUUCAAAUCUCAGCCGUAAUAAAAGCGGGCUUCUCCGAUGCGACGAGAACGACAACACAUUCCUACAGGCGCCUACGCAGGACGACAGUUCCACCUCUCCAUCUCCGAACAAACUGCAUAAAAGCCCCUGGGUGAAGAUGAAGGACAUAAUCCAGACGCACCGCGAUUCUGUUAAGAAGAAGUCCAGGGGACUCAAGACCUCCCCUGACGUGGUACCGGCUAGGAGACGAUCAUUGAGCGAUGGUGGAGACAGCGAUGCGCCUCCGGCGUUAACGUUGACUAUACCUUCCUCUGAGGAACUUGAAUGUGGUGAACCUCAUCCUAUACUCCGCAAGCAGCGUUCCUUGGAGCUGGGUGCCCGGCCUCCACUACACCCUCCGCCUCGCGCCUCUAAAUGGACCAAAGUGAAAAGAGCCUUUCUAACGUCGGCUUCAGCGUCUGUCCCGUCCAGUCCUAGCAGACACUCUGCGUUUUUUACUGAUGCUGAAACCGAAGGCCUGAGUAGUGGGUGCGAGGCGAGCGGGUUCCGCGAGGAGAUAGCUCGGGACUACGCGGCGUUGCAGACGAGAUUGGGUCGGGAGUUUUCCGACCGACGAGGCAAGCUAUAUGCUUCGACAAGGCCUGUGGCGACCGAGGAGCAGCUGUCAGCUGAUUUCAGGAAGAAGCUGGCGGAGUGGCAGCGUAUCAAAGGGGAGAGACAGCCCCCACCCGCACCCGCCCGAAAGGAUCUAAGCGAGGACUUUCUUAAGAAGUGGGACGAAUGGAAACGUAUGAAAGAAACAAACUCCGUUCCAGCAUGGGAGGAAGAAGCGAAACCUGAUGAAGUUCUCGUACAAACUUCCACGGGCCUGUUCAAAUUCCAGGGAAUUUCUCGUUCCUUCACACGAAAGCUCCACGAAUGGGAAAAAUCCCGAGGAAUAGCACCUGAAUAUUCUACAUCGGCAUUGCUCCGGGCGGCACGAGCCCAGGGUAGAGGAAAGGCGCCCCCCACGCCACUCACGCGUACGCAAUCUGACGGGAGUGUAGCGCCAUCCGCUGCCGGCUCUGGACGUCUUCACGCUUCAAGUCUCAGUGUCAACGACGCUGAUGACUUUGAUUCGGAAUAUGAAAGGGAUAAUUCUCUGGAUGCUGACGAAUGUGAAGGCGACCAGACUCGAGGAGCAGUUCUAGUAGAAGUAGAAGCCGAAGAAGUCUGCACCGCAGCGCCUCUGGUAGCAGUAUCUCCUCGUCAUACUCCGCAAAAACCUGUUUAUACGUAUGGUCAGGCGGAAGCACGCUUACUGUGUGAAACCAACGCUGCCGUUACGGGAACUGCUGUUUUACAGCCAAAUGGAGCAGUUAUUCUUUCAGAUCCUCGUAGAGCUAAAUCAAAAGGAGCCAAACCAAAAUCAUCCCGCAACCAGCCGAAGACCGAAAAGAUUAAAAAGAAAAUUACAAGACAACCCAGUAUUGAAGAAGAUGCAAUGUUUAUAAGGAAAACUAUUGAAGAAAUCGAAAGAGGUAGUUCCAGUCGUCUCAAAGAUCCAAUAAGUUUUCAGACCAAAGAUAUAUUUAAUAAAACAGAUGAUCGGCAAAUGCCAUCUACGAGUAAAAGUUGCAUGGGCAAAAAUUCAAAACUAAAUGACAGCAUAGAGAGCAAAGGCAAGGAAAUGGAUGAUGAUUUAAAAGAUGAUAGCAAACGAAAAGAUGCUGAUAAAGGAAAUGGUAAAAAGAAAUCUAAAUCCAGAGCUCGAUUAGAGCGAGAACAGUCAAAACCAUCAGAAACUGAUACUGAACCUGAUGUAGAUACUGUUACUGUGGAGAUCCCUAGACGAAGAAAAAGACCAAGACGUGCUUCGGAAAGACCGAGGACACCACCUAUUUCUUUGCACUCAGAUUCAGAAGAAGAGGUAUUUGUACUUAAGCUAAAAGCACCAGAGCAUCGAGAAGGAUCUCCUGAAGUAAUUGUUAAGACAACUAGAAAAAUAUUCUCACCGGUAGUACGAAGUGGAGAAUCAGUACCUCGAGCCGUUAUACCAGUAGAUGUGGAAGAUCUAGACGACGUUGCACCUUCUUCAGGCCACAAAGGUCAUCACAGUCACAGCUCAAUAUCUAAAAAGAAAUCUGAAAAUACUUCUGAUAAAGGAAAACAAGAGUUAUACUCAAGGUCAAAGAGUUCUGGUGAUCUUCAAGAAAGUGAAGAACAGAGACCUAGAAGCAGGCCUCCGCUGCCUUCGUCACCGUCGUCACAGAGGAAACCUCAGCCUAAAGAAACUGCGCCAUCAAUCCGUAUAAUGAUACAGAGGUAUAAUAUGAAGAUUAACGAAGAAGGUCACACCUCUGGCAACAGUAGUGGAGCAUCAUCUCCUGCUUGGAGAUCUCCUAUAUCUGAAAGAAGAAGACCUCCCGAUAUGCCUGUUGGUGUUAAUAUUAGAAACAACCCAUUCCUGGAAAGGGAGGUCCAGAAAUCCGCAAGUGCAUGCCAACUAUCCCGACGCGACCAAACAUCUGUCGAAAAGCGUCUUGAACCAGUUGUGCAACAAGGUUUCGACGGAGUGUUAAAAUCUCACAGUGCAAACGCUUUACAUCCCGAGAAAAAAUUAGACUCCCCACAGCCAAUGAAGAAAAUAGAUCAAAGCCAAGAGACAAUAAAAUAUAAUACAGCGAGUACUGAUACUAUUGUGCCAGAUUUGACCAAAGAUUUGCCUCAAGCCAAUCAAACGUCUGCCCCCCCACCAGUUUUGAGACAAAUAUCUGAUACAAUAGUCCCAACUAUAGCGAAAUUCAUGGAACAACAUCCAAGCUUUUUCGAGAGGUCCAUAUCGAAUGUAGAGUCAUCGAUAUCAAGAAUCGAAGACCAUUCUGCAGCAGCUAAACUUUCGGACAGGACGGCGAGGAUUCGAGCUGCCAGAGAAAGGUUUUUAUCUUCACCAACAGUGCAAAUGAGAAGAGAAGGAACUAGUUCUACCAGUGACCUUAGACCAGGAGACAGAUCGAGUAGAAUUAGCUGCGAAAGUGAUGUCACGGAGUCCCAAAGUUCUAAUGCGCAGGAGUCGGGGCUAGGACGAAGCGCGUCUACGGGAAUGGUUAACGUGGAUAAAGAGUCCUGGCAACGUGUAGCAGAAGGCGGUCGUCGUCAAAACAAAUCUCGGUCACGCUUCAGCCUGGCCCGCCUAGCUGCCAAAUUGCGCCGGAAGGAUGACGGCGCGGUAUCACGACUUUGCCGACAAAGCCUCUUGGUCCAGUUGAAAAACAAACCAUGAAUAAAAUUAUUUAUUUA